UAAUGAUUUACUAACUCAAUUCAUAUUUUUAUUUUUCUGAGUUGCAAAGGUCUAAAAAUUUCAGUUUCUGAAUUAUGGGGCACAUUAGUAAGAUGGAUCAUCAUCAUCACCAUCAUCAGCAUCAAGUUGUAACAGUGGUAGCUGGGCAGCAUCAUGGUAUUGCGAAUAAACAGGUAUUACCAAUAUGUGAUGCGAUUACCACUAGUAGUGUUAUCAUUGAUGAAGAGAAGGAUCAUGAUGGGAAGGUGAUCAAGAGUAGUAGUAAUGGUGGUGAUGCUACUAGCAAGGUUAAAGCAAUGACAAGAAUGAAAAUGGAAUUGUUGAGAUGGGCAGCAGUUGCUAAGCAACAAACAGAGAAAGGAUCUACUUCGUCUGGAAAAACAUCAUUCAUCAGUCGAAAGGUGGCUUACUUCCGUAACAGGGGAAAUAACACGAUUAAAGCACUAAGAAAUAUUGGGAGCGAUGAUCGUGAAGAUGUUGGUAGCUUAAGCUCUCCUAAAAUUAGUUUCAAAUGGGAUGUAGUAAGCAGUUGUUCAACUACUAAUUCUGUAUCAGCUUAUUCCACAAUGUCUCUACCAAUUACUUCCAAUAUCAAAUCCAAAUAUCAUCAUCGCCACGAUAUCAAAACCACAUAUAAGUCGUCCUCAUCUUCCUCACCAUCCAACUUUAUAAUUGCUACUCCUACUCCUGCUGCAGUUCCUGACAAUCAUCAUCAUAAAGAUGACUUUGUUUCGACUGCCUCUUCCCCAGCAUCGUCCCAAUAUAAUAACAGUCAGCGCACUUCUAGAUUUGGAAGUUGGAUCACCACAGAUGAUGAGUUCUUGGUGUUGGAGUUGUGAUGCUGAAGAGUAAACUGAAGAAGAGAUAAGCUGAUGGAGUAUUUGGAAGUUGAUCGUGUGGAUUUUUAAAUGAAAGGGUCGAUUAAGAGCAUUAACAUUUGAUCCAUAAGUAGGAUUUUAAGAACUUUAUUCAUUUGAUCAUCCUUUAAAUAUGUUUUAAGAGAAAAAAGAAGAGAAAUGGUGCAAUUGUAAUUAAUUUGAAUAAUUUUAACUGUUACUGGUAUGGCUUCUAGA